GGGCAGAGAGGGUAUUAUUUCAUCCUAUAUGCAAUUCGUAAAUGAAGAUGAGUCGCCUGAAGAUGAGUCGCCUCGCCGCUGCAUCCACUCUUUCUACUACUUGCUGCAUAUAACAUCUUCUAUCCUUAUGUACCAAAAAUGUAGAGAGGCAUGGCCCACCACUACAGUAUUCCCAGUUUAUCUAAAUUUCUCUCUCUGAAAGUAAUUGCGGAUAUUGCUUCAAUUUAUGUAUCACAAACUACACGCAGUACUAAGCCAGAGCACGCAUUUAGAGCGUCACAGUCGCUAAAAGCCAAUACCAGAAAGGAGUUUCUUCAGAAGAUUCCUUUUCGUGUCUGUGUUUUUCGUUGGCUCCAGAGUUGCUUCAGAGUAAAGCUCGUUUUUUUCGACUCGCCUUUGGAAAACAUCAAGGCCCUUUUUGUUUCAUGACCCUCUUAGUUUUGCUUCAGCUUCUUGAAAAGCUGUGUUUGAGAAGAUUCUUGGUUAUCAAUUUGGGGAUGGUGGCUUCAUUUUCUGGAGUUUGAUAAUGUGAGAGAUUGGCAUUGGUUUUGGUGCUUAAAUACAUGUUGAUUUUGGAAAUUUGAAAUUUUUGGAGGUGGAUUUUUGGUGUGUACAUAGUUGUUCGAAGUGAAUCAGCAGUCUGUGGAAUCUGAUGCACAUAAACUCUGCAAGGCCUUCUAUGUUACUUUCUUAAUUUAGCACUCGGUGCAACGGCUCCUGGUGGGAGAUGAGUUGCUAUUAUCGGAUAUGGAUCUGCUUAUCGGAAUUUUAGCAUUGGCAUGUCUAUCUUCUUUUGUGAACCCUGAUGCACAAGGGAAUGCAUUAUAUGCUUUGAGGAAGUCGCUUAAUGCUUCAGACAUUCAGCUCGCAGAUUGGAAUCCGGAUCAAGUUAACCCUUGCACUUGGUCCAAAAUUACAUGCAACAGUGACAACGAUGUAAUAUCAGUGACAUUGCCUAACAUGGGGUUUUCCGGAACCUUAUCACCUAGAAUAGCAAUUCUGAAGAUGCUGACUACACUCAAAUUGCCAGGAAACGGCAUAAGUGGUCACAUACCUGAGGAGUUUGGAAACUUGACGAGCUUGACCAUGUUGGAUCUGGAAAAUAACCAUUUAACAGGAGAAAUACCAUCGUCGUUAGGCAGUAUUAAGGGGCUCAAGUUUUUGAUCUUAAGUAAUAAUAAUCUCUCUGGAUCAAUUCCUGAAUCACUUUCAAGUCUUUCCAACUUGACGGACCUCCAGCUUGCUUCAAAUAGAUUGGGAGGAAAAAUUCCAAAGCAGUUAUUUCAGAUUUCCAAACAUAAGUAUGAACAACCUCUCAUCUCCAUGUCUAGUGAUUUUACGGGGAACCAGUUGGACUGUGGCAUCAUUUCUUCCUCGCCUUGUGCAUCUGAAAAUGCAGGUCGUUCAAGGAAAUCGAGAACUGGUAUGAUAGUGGGAAUUGUGGUUCCGCUAUUUGCUGUUCUUCUACUUGGGUGUUUUCUCCUGUUGUUUAUGUGGAAGGGCGGGGCUAUAGGAAACAGGCAUGAAGUUUUUGUUGAUGUUGCAGGUGACGUGGACCAGAGAAUUGAAUUUGGUCAAUUGAAGAGGUUUUCUUGGAGAGAACUGCAGCUGGCCACCGAUGGUUUUAGUGAAAAGAAUGUCCUCGGACAGGGGGGCUUUGGAAAGGUUUAUAAAGGGAUUCUCGGUGAUAACACCAAAGUUGCUGUAAAACGUUUGAUGGAUUUUGAGAGUCCUGGGGGCGAUACAGCAUUUCAGCGUGAAGUUGAGAUGAUAAGUGUGGCUGUUCACAGAAACCUUUUGCGUUUGAUUGGCUUUUGCACUACUCCAACUGAACGCCUUCUGGUUUACCCUUUCAUGCAAAACUUGAGUGUUGCCUCUCGUUUGAGAGAGGUUAAACCCGGGAACCCUCUAUUGGAUUGGGUGACCAGAAAAUUGGUGGCGUUAGGCACAGCACGUGCGCUGGAGUACCUCCACGAACACUGUAAUCCUAAAAUCAUUCACCGUGAUGUUAAAGCUGCAAAUGUGCUGCUAGAUGAAGAUUUUCAAGCUGUUGUUGGUGACUUUGGUUUGGCUAAGUUGGUUGAUGUCAGGAAAGCCAACAUUACAACUCAGGUGCGUGGAACGAUGGGCCACAUAGCUCCCGAGUACUUGUCCACAGGAAAAUCCUCAGAAAAGACCGAUGUUUUUGGUUAUGGAGUCAUGCUUUUGGAGCUCGUAACUGGCCAGCGAGCUAUAGAUUUUUCACGCUUGGAAGAAGAAGACGAUGUCUUGCUGCUUGACCAUGUGAAGAAACUGCAGCAGGAGAAUAGACUGGAAGCCAUUGUGGAUUGCAAUUUAGAGAGGAAAUACGACAUCCACGAAGUGGAGAUGAUGGUUCAGGUUGCUCUGCUCUGUACUCAGUCUUCCCCAGAAGAGCGUCCAGCAAUGUCGGAGGUUGUGCGGAUGCUGGAGGGAGAAGGGCUGGCGGAGAGGUGGGAGGUGUGGCAGCAAGUCGAGAUCACGAGGAAGCUCGAAAACGAGAGGCUGCAGAAGAGAUUCAACUGGGGAGACCAUUCAAUCAACAACCUCCUUCCUAUGGAGUUGUCUGGGGGCAGAUGACUUGGUUUCUGCUACUAAUGUUUCCAUAUUUUCUCAAGAUUAAGAUAAUCCUCGCCCUGCAAUAUUUUCUCAUCUAACUUCAUUAACAAUCAAUAAUAGAUAUAAUUCAACUUAUAAUUAUAUAACUUAAGAUUAAGAUAA